AGCGGUCGAGCCCCGACAAGAGGAGUAAAUUCACCCGCGAUGCUCCGUUCAAUUCCUUCUGUCUGCGUGAACGUUUGCACGCACGCGGACCGUGUGGUGGGGGCUGGGAAACACACCAUGUGUGAGAGAACAGAGAGAGAGAACGGGACUUGACAAGCACGAGUCGAGCCUGUAGCAAAUCUGUUUAUUUUCCAAGUGGAAAUUUCCACGUGUUUGGGACAGACACAAGAGGAAAAGUGAGAAGGAUGAGGGGGGAAGCCUGAGUGGCUUCUGGUGAAAGAAUGAAAAAUGUAUAGGAAAUAGGCCUAUCAACGAACAGAGACCGGAUUUGUGCGGUUUUAAGCUAUAUCAAGGAAAUAACUUACUUAUUUCAACCAAGACACAUCUGGAAAUAGUCGUUCCUCGGACGUUCUCUGCAAGAAUUAGAUUGAGAGGCUCCAGGUCAGUGGGUGUAGUGGAGUAGAGGCAUCCCAGGGAGGAGUGAGAUUCUGGGGAUGAGAGGUACCUCUUUCCUCCCUGUCUCCCACAGAGAAUCAGGAGAACACUGGGACUCACUAACAGAGUGUGUUGGGUGUAUGUCUGGUGUUGUCCAGGUAACAUGGCUCUGGUUCAGACCCUGCCUGUGUCUGUGACUGACCACCCCAAGCCUCCCACCAGCCUCCAUAUCGUCACCCUCUCCCCUGUCGUCGGAGGGCCCUGUGGCCCCUUUGUCCCCGGAGCCACCAUGGGCUCCGUCAGCAGCCUCAUCUCUGGCCGGACCCAUCAGGAGCAGCGACACUGCCGGGCUGCCAGAGAGUUCAGCACUAAGCCACGUCGUAACACCCCAACCACCAAUUGUUUCAGGCUCCAGGGUGAUAGCCACACCCUGCGCAGCGGGAGCUCCCUGGAACAACUACUGGUCAUCAACAACCAGACCCAGCUCCAGCCCACCAAGCUCCAGCCGCCGCCACUGCCCACCAAGAAGCAGCCCCGAGCGGGUAACUCUGCUGGCGGAGCUGGGUGUGUGGCUGGAGGUGGUGGUGGUAGUGGAGGGAAUGGGAACUAUGGGUUUGUGAGUGAGGAGGUAGUGACUGUAGGAGACCAGAAUGAUAACCAUGUGGUGACGGUGGGGAGUCCGUGUAGCGACUUGGAGGAGCAGAGGGAUAACCGAGGUCUCAACGGGAAUAUCGGCGGUCCUCCGCCCAAACUCAUCCCUGUGUCGGGAAAACUGGAGAAGAACAUGGAGAAGAUUCUGAUCCGUCCCACCGCGUUCAAACCGGUGGUCCCGAAGAACCGCCACUCAGUGCAGUACCUCUCCCCGAGACCAGGGGGCAACCUCUCUGAGAGCCAAGGCACCCUCAACCUCCUCCUGCCCCUGUCUAUCAACGGGAAUAACGGAAAUACAGUGGUCAAUAACGUGAAUACCGUGUUCAAUAACGUGGUCAAUGGCACGGGGAGCUACGGGAACGUUGUACCUCUGGUCGGCUCGUCCUCUUCCUCAGAUAGCAAGAGGAACUCAUACAGCGGAGGACGCAACGCUCGCAGCAGCCAUUCCUGCUCCAUGUCAGACUCUGGCCGUAACUCCCUGUCCAGCCUGCCCACCCACAGCAGCCUGGCCAAUAGCGAGGCCUCCGGGUCGGGUUCAGGGUCUGUGGGGUCCGGGGUGGGCCCGGAGCCUGGGAGAACCACCACCACAAACGGAGGUUCGGGGAUAAACGGAGGUCACUCUACCUCCCACGGUCACUCAAACUCGGACAGCGGGCGGUCGUCGUCCAGUAAGAGCACAGGGUCGCUGAGUGGGCGAGGCCAGCCCCUGUCGGACAGCGGGUCGUGUGGGCGCUCGCCCCCGACCUUGGAGGGUUACGAGGGGGUGGUUAGGGAGCUGGAGGAGAAGUUGAGGGAGAGAGACCUGGAGCUGCAGCAACUCAGAGAGAACCUGGACGAGAACGAGGCCGCCAUCUGUCAGGUAUACGAGAAGAAGCAGCUUCGCUGUGAGAGAGAGCUGGAAGAGCUGAGACAGAGCUGUUCCUCUAAGAUGAAACAGGCUUCACAGAAGGCCCAGAGAGUACAACAGGCCUUACAGCUACAGGUGUUCCAACUGCAGCAAGAGAAGAAGAAGCUUCAGGAGGACUUCUCCUCUCUGCUGCAGAACAGGGAAGAGCUGGAGAGGAGGUGUGCCUCUAUACAGAGAGAGCAGACCCAGCUGGGACCACGCCUAGAAGAGACCAAGUGGGAGGUGUGUCAGAAAUCAGGUGAGAUCUCCCUUUUGAAACAGCAACUGAAGGAGAGCCAGUCAGAGCUGAGCCAGAAGGGCGGGGAGCUGGUGGUCCUGAAGUCCCAGUUGAGAGAGGUCAGGUCCGAUCUCCAGAACAGCCAGGCUACGACCCAGGAGGCUGGGUCGGCCCUACGAACACGCUCCCUGGAGCUGGAGGUCUGCGAGAAUGAGCUCCAGCGCAGGAAGAGCGAAGCCGAGCUGCUCCGCGAGAAAGUCGGACGCUUGGACGAAGAGUUGGCCCGCCUCCGAGAUACCCUGGCCAAUCAGGAAGGAGGUUAUCUUCCUGGAGGCCAGGCACUAGCCACUAAGGGCCAAUGUAUGAGCCUGCCCCUCCCCCAGGGGCGUGGGGGUGUGGGGGGUGGAAGGGAGGGCCUCAGCUCCUCUGUGGGGUACCGAGAUGCGGAGGAGGGGAGGCUGGGUUGGGGAGGGGAGAGUGAUGAGACCAAGGCUCAGAGGCAGAGUGCUGAAGCUGUGCUGGGACUCAGGCAACAGGUGGAGAGGCUGAGGGCAGAGCUGAUGUACGAGAGGAGGAGCAGUGAGGAGCAGCUGGGCGGAUUUGAGGAGGAGAGGAGGGUCUGGCAGCAGGAAAAGGAAAAGGUGAUCCGCUACCAGAAGCAGCUGCAGCAGAACUACAUCCAGAUGUACAGGAGGAACAGAGAUCUGGAGAGAGUGAUGAGAGAGCUCAGUCUAGAGCUGGAGAACAGAGAUGUAGAGGACUACGACAUCCACAGCGGCAGCAACGACAUCCACUUCGAGGAGAUCGCCGCUACUGAGAUCUAGAGGGACCAUACAGGGUGUCCUCUCGCCACAGUGAGAUUUAGAGACCAGACAGGGGCGUUGUCUAACCCCAGUGAGAUUUAGAGACCAGACAGGGCGUAGUCUAACCCCAGUGAGAUUUAGAGACCAGACAGGGCGUAGUCUAACCCCAGUGAGAUUUAGAGACCAGACAGGGCGUUGUCUAACCCCAGUGAGAUUUAGAGACCAGACAGGGCGUAGUCUAACCCCAGUGAGAUUUAGAGACCAGACAGGGCGUAGUCUAACCCCAGUGAGAUUUAGAGACCAGACAGGGCGUUGUCUAACCCCAGUGUCCUCUCGCUCCCAUGACAAUUAGUACCAGCACCCUGAUUUGAUCUGAUUUCCCCAUCACUGCUACUGAGAGGUCUGCGUCCAAAAUGGAACCCUAUUCGCUAUGUAGUGCACUUAUUUUGGAUAGAGAACAGGUUACCGUUUUAAAUUUGCAUCCAGACUACAGAGGGUGUACCUGGACUUACUCCCCUAACCACAGUACCAGCACUCUUUACUUCUCUACACUCUUGGGAAAGAAUGUGCUAUCUAGAACCUAAACGGGUUCUUUGUCUGUUCCCAUAGGAUAACCCUUUGAAUAACUAGUUUUGGUUCCAGAUAGAACCCUUUUGGUUCCAGGCAGAACCUCAAACCAAAAAGGGUUCCCCCAUUGGGACAGCCGAAGUAUACUUUUGGAACCCUUAUUUCUAAGUGUGUAUGCUGGCAUGGACAUUAAGGGAGCAUCUCUGUCUCAGGGUUGAUUUACUGUACUAGACACUGGGAUGCACCCUCCUCUAGGCCCUCACAGGAACAGCUGACUACCUGCAGUCAGAAAGGACUCCAUCACUUCGUCAUUCGGACUUGAAAGAAGUUUAGGGUGUAUCUCAACAGUUUAAAGUGGCUUCCUUUCCAGAUUGAGAUUCACCCUCAGACCAACACAUCCUCAUUGCCUUCUCACAUGGGUUUGAUUUCCCAGCUAUAGUACCAGCACUCUAUGGGACGUAUACUAUGACUUUUGACUUGAGAAACAAGCAGGCAUCACUCAAACCUUGCUCAAAUCAGGGUAUUGAAAGCAAUGGGAGUCGCAGAAAAAGGGCACAGAUCUCAGAUCAAGUGAAAUCAUAUCUGUAUAUAGCACACAGGGGUGACUAUCUGACGACCAGCACAUAAUGAUGACACAUAAAGAUGACAUCACCCCUCGACUGUGUUUACGUUUGUCCACAGGACUCAGAGCAAAAAUCCCACUUUUACAAUGUCUUCUCAUGUUACAUAUACACUAUUCAAUGGAUCAUCAACUGAUCUAGACGUAGCAAUUUUAAGCUACAGCCUGGUCUUUUCUGAGUUACAGAAACACUGGAGUAUUUUAAUGGAAUGUAUAAGGACUCUUUGCACAUAGUAGGUGUCAACCAUUCAGUUAUCAACACCGGCUAAGACACAAACUAGGCUACACCAAGAGAAUACCUGGGAUCAUUGUGCACAAAAACUCAUAAUGCUCUUUUCAGUUCUGGACGUGACUGUUCUGUCUUUCUCAUGUAGUUGACCUCUUUGUAUGGACACAGAAGAGAUAGAAGCAUGUAGCAAUAAGAGAGAGUGCAGCUUGGGAGAUCUCGCUCUCAUAUCAAAGGAAGAAACAAAUCUCUCUCUCUUUCCUGUUAACUAGCACAGAUUUUCAUAUCAAAGGAAAAAACAAACAUUUAUUGGUUAAAACUAAAGCUGCCCGUCAAAGAUAUUGAUGCUGCAUCGGCUGCUGGGACUGUUAUGGAGCCUUCUUGGAUCCGUGAGGUCAGGGGUCGUGGAUCAGGAAGCCUUUGGUGGCACUUUCCCUGAUGGUAUCACAGUGAAAGCAACAAAACAUCAAUGCCAAACUGUACUGUAGACCUCCCUCCCUUGUCCUCUCUCACUGUCACACACUCUGGACUGUGAAUACUCUUCCGAGUAUUACUAGACCCCCCCCCUCUCCCUCCCUCACUCAAAAAAAACAAAUAACACUUCCUAGUCUUCCUAUCCCUGACUGUGAGACUCCCUCACUGACAUGUAGAUAAUGUGGGUGGCAUGAUUGCAUGUCUUUCCCUGUCUGUCAGAGUCGGUCCAGAUAAUGUAGGGGUUUGUGCUGGACAUUGCAUGAUAGAGUAGCCUAAGGCAUGACACCCCGGUCAUUAUGGAACUGUUACACUGGUUAUGUUAUUGCCUUGGGAGCUCCAAGGGGGAUGGGACUGAAAUCUCUGGUCAACAUAUUGGCAGCCACUGGGAACCAUAGAAAUAAACUUACUAUAAUGUAAUUCUAUGUCUAUGCUGGGAACCAUGAAUUAAUAAGGUGGUCUUCAGUUGUGCUUUCUCAUAAGAAUGGAUUCAACUAGAGGUGUGAUCUUUUGUAUUACAGAGUAAAACAAAGUAUAUAAAAAAAGAUUCUUAACAGAUAAAUAAAAAUCAAUAUGAUCUAUGAUGAUGAUGUGUAUAUUUUUUAUAUAGCGCCUGAAGAUAUUUUGUGGUAACACCGGUACCAUUGUGGGUUUAAUAUACAAAGUAUAAUAAAGAUUUUUAUAUAUCUUUGCAGGACCACACAUAUCCCAAUGAGAUGAUCAAUAAGAAUUGGAAAAUGUCUAGAAAGAGUGGAAUGAUCUAUUGCAUGCAUUAAAAAUCAUUUUUUACAUCAUAUUUUACAAACUCAAUAAUUUUUUGUUGACCAAGCUGCAUUUUGAUUCAACUUACUGUAAUAUAAACGCAACAUGCAACAAUUUCAAAGAUUUUACUGAGUUACCGUUCAUAAGGAAAUCAGUCAAUUGAAAUAAAUUCAUUAGGCCAUAAUCUAUGGAUUUCACAUGACUAGGCACAGGUGCAGCCAUGGGUGGGCCUUGGAGGGCAUAGGCCCACCCACUGAGGAGCCAGACCCAGACAAUUUUUUCCCCACAAAAGAGCUUUAUUAAUGACAUAAAUACCCCCCAGACAAUCUCACAGGUGAAGAAGCCAGAUGUGGAGGUCCUGGGCUGGCGUGGUUACACAUGGUCUGCGGUUCUGAGACCGGUUGGACGUACUGCAAAAUUCUCUAAAACAACGUGGGAGGUGGAUUAUGGUAGACAAAUAAACAUUUAAUUAUCUGGCAACAGCUCUGGUGGACAUUCCUGCAGUCAGCUGCCAAUUGCACGCUCCCUCAAAACCUGACACAUCUGUGGCAUUGUGUUGUGUGACAAAACUGCACAUUUUAAAGUGGCCUUUUAUUGUCCCCAGCACAAGGUGCACCUGUGUAAUAAUCCUGUUUAAUCAGCUUCUUUUUAUGCCAUACCUGUAAAGUGGUUGGAUUAUUUUAGCAAAGGAGAAAUGCUCACUAACAGGGAUGUAAACAAACUUGAGAGAAAUAAGCUUUUUGUGCAUAUGGAAAAUGUGUGAUUUUUUGGGGGGACCAACACUUUACAUGUUCCAUCUUUAUUUUUGUUCAGUGUAUAUACAAAAAUUUGGGAAAUAUCCAGCUUUUAGCCAAGGUUUACAUUGGUCAGCACGUUAAUGGUCAUCAUUGUUCAAUGAGAUUGAUCUUUCAUUUGGCUGUCAUCAUCAUCAUUCAUGUCACAUAUCUUCAUAAUUUGUUGUGUUUGGCAUCUUCAGACUACAUGUGUUAACACAAAGCAUUUAAUCCAAAUAAUAUUUCAUGUGUGUUCAUCACAUAGAAACAGAUACCUCCAUCAUAUCCUCUGUAGCAUGAUUUUAACACAAGUGGAAUAAGUAGCACAGGUGUAGUGAACCCUUUUCACAUCUCUCACUGUUUUUCAGUAUCCCAUAAUAACCAUUUGCUGUGUAAAUGUCUAACAACGAACGACAUUCUAGUCCUUUACGCAGACAAAAUAUAUAUUUCAAAUGUAGCCACUGCGUCUAGACCAAAGCAACGCAUUUGUUUAUUAGUCUUGUUUGUUUUCUUCCUUAGUGUGCAUAAAUAUACAAUUAUAUAUUUGUGUAUUUAGUGUUUUGUUUAUUAAUCUGUGGUGUUUGUAGUCAUUCAUGUAUAUUUUCAUGCUGUAAAUUUCUUUGACCAAAUGACUUUUUAUUAAAAGAUACACGAUGUC